AUGGGCUCGUUCACAGCAGCAUUGGAGGAGGCGACGGCGGCACAAAUGUGGUCUUUGAUGGAGGAUAACGGCACAGAUGACGCACCUUUCUUGUCGGCGCCAUUCUCGUCAGUGCCAUCUUGCCUCCUCGAGUCUUCAUCAUCGUCUACCCCUUCGCCGCGUUCUUCUUGUGCUCAUUCAUCCAUUGUCGCAGAUCGUCGCAUCCCUGUCCAGAUCUGCCGUUGCUCGCAUCGCGUAGUUCUUUUCUCAACGCCGCCUCCUGUGGUAACUUCUUCUCCGGUAACAACAGCAGUCUUCCGGUUAAGUAGAUUUUCUCCUUCAGUCAAGAUCGUUGCAUCGCCGUUCAGAUCUGCUGUUGCUCGUUGUCCAAAUCCUCUGGUGAAGCUGACAAUGGCCAAUGAAAAUAGGCAUGCGGGGAACAUUUUUUUCAAGAAGGAGGCAGGUGGCCACAUUUCUCUCAUUCCUAUUGAUCACGGCUACUGUCUACCAGAAAAAUUUGAAGAUUGCACAUUUGAUUGGCUAUACUGGCCCCAAGCGCGCCAACCUUACUCUGCUGAUACAGUUGAUUAUAUUAAGUCCUUAGAUGCUGAAACUGUUGAUUAUAUGAAUCUUGUUGAGUGCAGAGAGAAAUGCUUCAGAAACUGUUCUUGUAUGGCUAGCUUAUUCAAACUCAGACACCAGGGGAUCGGGGGGUGGUUGUGCUAUGUGGUUUGGUGAUCUUAAUGACUUGAGGGUUCACCUAGCUGAUGCAGAACACGAUCUAUAUGUCAGAGUUCCUGCUUCGGUGUUAGGUAUCUCAUACCCUUACUAUUCAGUUCAACUUUUAAACUGUUUUGUUUAUGGGUUAAACACAAAUAUGAUUAUUGACAGGGCACCACAUAGCACUUUAAUAUCUAUGCUACACAAAUACUUCAAAUGUACUUUUACAUGCAUAUACCAUAUGCACAUCAAAUACUUAUAUGUAUCAAACUAAUUUUUCAUAAGAUUGUGCUACUUAUAAAAUUUUUUCAUAAUA